AUCAAGCGAGCGACUGAAGCGCAACCCGCCGACGCCGCAGCCGCUGAGGGCCCCGCACGGACCCUCUGCCUCUGUGUAGAAUGAGCCAAGGAGACUCCAACCCAGCAGCUAUUCCACAUGCCGCAGAAGAUAUUCAAGGAGAUGAGCAUAAUAGGUUUGUUCUGGACUGUAAAGACAAAGAGCCAGAUGUGCUGUUUGUGGGAGACUCCAUGGUACAGUUAAUGCAGCAAUACGAGAUAUGGCGGGAGCUGUUUUCCCCACUUCAUGCUCUUAAUUUUGGAAUUGGGGGAGACACAACACGACACGUUUUAUGGAGACUAAAGAAUGGAGAGCUGGAGAACUUUAAGCCUAAGGUCAUUGUUGUCUGUGUAGGAACAAACAACCACGAAAAUACAGCAGAAGAAGUAGCAGGUGGGAUUGAGGCUAUUGUACAACUUAUAAACACGCGGCAGCCGCAGGCCAAGAUCAUUGUACUGGGUCUGUUACCUCGAGGUGAGAAGCCCAACCCUUUAAGACAAAAGAAUGCCAAGGUGAACCAGCUUCUCAAGGUUUCCCUACCGAAGCUUGCCAAUGUGCAGCUCCUUGAUAUAGAUGGGGGCUUCGUGCACUCGGACGGUGCCAUCUCCUGCCACGACAUGUUUGAUUUUCUUCAUCUCACGGGAGGGGGCUAUGCAAAGAUCUGCAAACCCCUCCAUGAACUGAUCAUGCAGUUGCUGGAGGAAACACCGGAGGAGAAGCAAACCACCAUUGCUUGACUGGCCCAUCAGUGUUACAGCAUCCCGCUUCCUCAGAUCAGUUAGACCACUGGCACUACAGAAUCCUUUCUUAAGGCACUUUGCAUUGUAUAAUGUUCCUGGAUGCUUGGAUAUUUGAAGGGGAGGAGGGAUUUAAAUUGGUCCUGUAUAUAAAGGUUUUGUUUGAGAGGAGAAAAAUUAGCCAAGGAAGAUUCAUUUGAAACCAGAAGGGGACUUUUUAGUUGUUUAUGACACAUUUGUAGAAUUAUCACUGUUUUUCCUAGGACGACAUCAAGCAAGAGUACAAUAUGAAGAUUCUUUUCUUGGCGCUUUUUUCUAUGGAUUAUGUCAUGUGUGAUAAUUAUCACAUCCACUUGGCUUUAAACUUAAUUUUGGUCCAGUUUUAAGGUUCAUGAGUUAGUAUGUUGUGUUGUUUUGUUUGAUUCAUGUAUCCUCAGUAUUUUUAUUAACAUAUAGCAUCAGAUUAAACAUGCUUGUCACUCCAA